GGCUGCGGAGGGGCCGGCGGCGGCGCUGGUGGCCUCGCCUGGCAGAGGGGGCGCGAGGGCUGCGCUCCGCGCGCACCGCUAACGGCCGUUAACGGCCGCCGACGGCCCGAGGCCGCUGUCCCGCGCGCCGCCCGCCCCGCCGCCCCCAUGGACUUACUGGGCCCCAUGGAGAUGACGGAGGGCUCGCUGUGCUCCUUCGCGGCCGCCGACGACUUCUACGACGACCCCUGCUUCAACACGUCGGACAUGCACUUCUUCGAGGACCUGGACCCGCGGCUGGUGCACGUCGGGGGGCUGCUGAAGCCCGAGGAGCACCCGCACCACCACGCGCACCACCACGGGCACCCGCACGAGGAGGAGCACGUGCGGGCGCCCAGCGGGCACCACCAGGCCGGCCACUGCCUGCUCUGGGCCUGCAAGGCCUGCAAGAGGAAGACCACCAACGCCGACCGCCGCAAGGCCGCCACCAUGCGGGAGCGGCGGCGGCUCAGCAAGGUCAACGAGGCCUUCGAGACCCUCAAGCGCUGCACCUCCACCAACCCCAACCAGCGCCUGCCCAAGGUGGAGAUCCUCCGCAACGCCAUCCGCUACAUCGAGAGCCUGCAGGCGCUGCUGCGGGAGCAGGAGGACGCCUACUACCCGGUGCUGGAGCACUACAGCGGCGAGUCGGACGCCUCCAGCCCCCGCUCCAACUGCUCCGACGGCAUGAUGGAAUACAGUGGGCCUCCUUGCAACUCCCGCAGAAGAAACAGCUACGACAACAGCUACUACACGGAAUCACCAAAUGAUCCAAAGCAUGGGAAGAGUUCUGUUGUUUCUAGCCUUGAUUGCCUCUCAAGCAUUGUGGAGAGGAUUUCCACAGAUAACUCCACGUGUCCAGUCCUGCCUCCAGUGGAAAGUGUUGCUGAAGGGAGUCCCUGCUCUCCCCCAGAAGGAGCCAGCCUGAAUGAGAGUGGAGGCCAAAUUCCUUCCCCCACCAACUGCACCCCACUUCCCCAGGAUAGCAGCAGCAGCAGCAGCAGCAACCCUAUCUACCAAGUGCUAUAAAAGCAGCUCCAGCUGGACUGCAGUGAAAACAAACCAUUACAUUCAGCAAAGCUCCGAGACCUGCCUUGUAAGACUGAAAAGACUACUCAAGACUUCUUGUUCCAGUCCUAAAAUCUUUCAAAAUUCCUUCAAAUAUAUAACUUUUCAAACCUGUAUUCCUUCAAAAUACAUCUAGUUAUUUAUUGGUUGUUAAACUACAGUUAUUUAAUGUGUCUGGAGAUAAAACUGUAUACCAUGAAAUGGCCAAUGUUUAAUCUGGGCUUUUGGGGAAUAGGAACCUGGCUGUUGAAAGCAGGGGAGAAAAGAAAUCCACAAGUCUUUAGAGUAAUGGCAUGACACAUCCUUUCUAUUACCCCUGUUCUGGCCAAAAUAAGGUUGUGGACCACUUUUUAUAGAACUUUUUGUAUAAUUGUAAAUAAGAGUUGCUUUGCAGAAAAAAAGAAAAAAACAAAAGUAAAAAAGAAAAAAUAAAAACAAAAUAUUUAAUGUUGCUUGGUUUGUCGUGCAAAACUUUAACUUUAUAUAUUUAUACACUGUGGUUGCCAAGAAUG